CCACAGACACCCCCUCGGACUAGACUGCUGGCCAAACCUGCCACUCCCAAGGGUCUUUCGACUCCAACUACUCCCUACAAGUCCAAGGGUCACUCAUUGAUGACCCCGUCAAACUCUUCCAAGAAGUUGGCAGAUCCAUUCAACUCAGGCCCAGUGGGUGGCUCCAGUCACCCUGAAUCGGUUUUCAAGACGCCAUCUUCCAUACUCAAAAAACCAAUUCUUAACUUGAGCAAAUCGAGCACCAACCUUCGCCAAAGCAACACCGAUGGAUCACAGACUCUAUUGACCCCAGAAUUUACGCCCCAAAAAUCCCCAAAUAGAUCAACAAGAAAGAGAAGGGUGUUGCCAGACGAUAUAUUCAAACACGCCACAAACAGCAUCUCCAAGGUCAAUGACAAGCUCUCGUUUGGCCUUUUGCUUCCUAUGCCUUCUACCGUGGGGUCUGGCAGAAAAGCACCAGCACCAGCAAAGAUGGGCAGAACGCUAGGCAGCCCUACGAGCGAAAGCCUAAUUGCUCAUGAUGAUAUUGAUAUUGAACACGAAGAAAUAGACCUCGAGACUCCGCUUCUUAAGCAGCCUCUUACUCCCUCGAAACAAUUGAUUGAUGAAGAUUUGGUAAGU